CUUGACGGCACGGAAAACAAAUCGAAUCUCGGUGCAAACGCUUUGCUUGCGGUUUCAAUGGCGACGGCGCGGGCGGCGGCGGCGUUUCAGGAAAUGCCGCUUUACCGCUACAUCGGCGGCACGAACGCGAAAACUCUGCCCGUCCCGAUGAUGAACAUCAUUAACGGCGGCGCACACGCCGACAAUAACGUGGACUUUCAGGAAUUUAUGAUUAUGCCCGUCGGUGUCGAAUCAUUCACCGAAGCGUUACGCGCAGGUGCGGAGAUUUUUCAUAACUUGAAAAGCGUUUUGAAAUCACGCGGUUAUGCAACGAGCGUCGGCGACGAAGGCGGUUUUGCGCCGAACCUGAAAUCGAACGAAGAAGCAAUCGAAACGAUUCUCGAAGCAAUCGACAAAGCCGGUUACAAAGCGGGCGAAAACAUCAUGAUCGCACUCGAUCCGGCGGCUUCGGAGUUUUUCGACGGCACGAAUUACGUUUUCAAAAAGAGCGAUAAACGCGUUCUUUCAUCGGAUGAAAUGAUCGCUUAUUGGACGGAAUGGACGGAAAAAUAUCCGAUCAUCUCCAUCGAAGACGGCUUGGCGGAAAACGAUUGGGACGGCUGGACGAAGAUCACGCAGAACAUCGGCAAAAAAGUUCAGUUAGUCGGCGACGAUUUGUUCGUGACGAAUACGAAAUUUUUGCAAAAGGGAAUCGACCUCGGCGCGGCAAAUGCGAUUCUUAUCAAAGUUAAUCAGAUCGGAACG